ACUCGGCAACAGGGAGAAGCUAAGAGAUGGAGGACGUGGUGAUUGCAGGCAUAGCAGGAAAGCUGCCAGAGUCGGAGAACUUGCAGGAGUUUUGGGAGAACCUGCUUAAUGGAGUUGAUAUGGUCACAGAGGAUGAUCGGAGGUGGAAGCCAGGAAUCUAUGGACUGCCCAAGAGAAAUGGAAAGCUCAAGGACAUAAGCAAAUUUGAUGCAUCCUUUUUUGGGGUUCACCCUAAACAAGCUCAUACGAUGGAUCCUCAACUUCGCUUGCUGUUGGAAGUCUCUUACGAAGCUAUUGUGGAUGGAGGUAUUAACCCGGCCACCCUCCGGGGCACAGACACGGGUGUCUGGAUUGGUGCCAGCGGGUCAGAAGCUGCCGAAGCCCUCAGCCAAGAUCCAGAAGAGCUUUUGGGAUACAGUAUGACUGGCUGCCAGCGUGCUAUGUUUGCCAACAGGAUUUCCUACUUUUAUGACUUAACGGGACCGAGCAUAACCAUUGACACAGCCUGCUCCUCGAGUCUCGUGGCUCUGGAAAACGCGUACAAGGCGAUUCGUCACGGACAGUGCGGUGCGGCGCUCGUGGGGGGGGUCAACCUUUUGCUGAAACCCAACACCUCUGUGCAGUUCAUGAAGCUGGGGAUGCUCAGUCCUGACGGCGCCUGCAAGGCUUUCGACGUUUCGGGGAAUGGAUAUUGUCGCUCUGAAGCUGUUGUUGUUGUUCUCCUGAUGAAGAGAUCCAUGGCUAAGCGGAUCUAUGCCACAAUAGUCAAUGCUGGAAGUAACACUGACGGCUUUAAGGAGCAAGGUGUGACAUUCCCGUCUGGAGAGAUGCAGCAGCAGUUGGUCAGCUCUUUGUACAGAGAAUGCGGUAUCAAACCUGAGGAAGUGGAAUAUGUUGAAGCUCAUGGGACAGGCACCAAGGUUGGAGAUCCACAGGAAGUAAAUGGCAUUGUAAAUGUCUUCUGUCAGUGUGAGAGGGAGCCACUGCUGGUUGGAUCAACCAAGUCAAACAUGGGUCACCCAGAGCCUGCCUCUGGGCUGGCUGCCUUAGCCAAGGUCAUUCUCUCUCUGGAACAUGGGCUGUGGGCUCCAAACCUUCAUUUCAAUACCCCAAAUCCAGAUAUUCCUGCCUUACAAGAUGGCUCUUUGAAGGUAGUUUGCAAACCAACGCCAGUGAAAGGUGGCCUUGUCAGCAUCAACUCUUUUGGCUUUGGAGGUGCUAACGCUCACGUCAUCCUGAGGCCAAACGAGAACAAACGCCAGCCUCUGGAGACUUGUGACGUGCCAAGGCUGGUUCAAAUGUGUGGCAGAACCCAGGAAGCUGUGGAAAUAUUAAUUCAAGAGAGCCGAAAACAUGGAGCGUGCAGCCCGUUUGUGAGCCUGCUCAGCGAUGUCUCUGCAGUUCCUGUGUCCUCCAUGCCCUUCAGGGGCUACACCCUGGUUGGCACCGAGAGUGACGUAAAGGAGGUUCAGCAGGUUCAGGCGUCUGACAGGCCUCUGUGGUACGUCUGCUCAGGCAUGGGAACACAGUGGAAGGGUAUGGGCCUGAGCCUUAUGAAGCUGGAUCUGUUUCGCCAGUCUAUCUUACGCUCGGACGAGGCUUUGAAGAACACAGGCCUGAAGGUCUCGGACCUGCUUCUGCAGGCAGAUGAGAACACCUUUGAGGACACGGUCCAUGCGUUCGUUGGACUGGCUGCUAUCCAGAUUGCCCAGAUUGAUAUGCUGAAGGCUGCAGGUCUGCAACCCGAUGGGAUUUUGGGCCACUCGGUGGGAGAACUGGCCUGUGGCUAUGCAGAUAACUCCUUAAGUCACGAAGAAGCCAUUCUUGCCGCUUACUGGCGGGGACGGUGCGUUAAAGAGGCCAAGUUGCCCCCGGGAGGAAUGGCUGCUGUCGGUCUGACGUGGGAGGAAUGUAAGCAGCGCUGCCCUCCCAAUGUGGUACCAGCCUGUCACAACUCCGAAGAUACGGUCACUGUGUCGGGGCCUCUGGACUCUGUGAGCGAGUUCGUGGCCAAACUGAAGAAGGACGGUGUGUUUGCAAAGGAGGUGCGCAGCGCUGGCGUGGCGUUUCACUCCUAUUACAUGGCAUCCAUCGCCCCGGCGCUGCUCAGCGCCCUGCAGAAGGUCAUUCCACACCCUAAACCUCGCUCGGCACGAUGGAUCAGUACAUCUAUCCCUGAAUCUCAGUGGCAGAGUGAUCUGGCAAGGAAUUCCUCUGCAGAGUAUCACGUGAACAACCUCGUGAAUCCCGUGCUGUUCCAGGAAGGUCUGAAGCACAUUCCUGAGAAUGCUGUGGUGGUGGAGAUUGCUCCGCAUGCUCUUCUGCAGGCCAUCCUGAGGAGAACGUUGAAACCAACGUGCACCAUUCUACCCUUGAUGAAGAAAGAGCACAAAAAUAACUUGGAGUUCUUCCUAACACAGACGGGGAAGAUUCAUUUAACUGGGAUAAAUAUUCUUGGAAAUAACUUGUUCCCACGUGUGGAAUACCCAGUCCCAGUGGGAACACCACUUAUAUCCCCAUACAUCAAAUGGGACCACAGCCAGGACUGGGAUGUUCCAAAAGCUGAAGACUUCCCAGCAGGUUCCAAAGGCUCUGCAUCUGCUUCAGUCUACAACAUCGAUGUGAGUCCUGACUCUCCUGACCACUACUUGGUUGGUCACUGCAUUGACGGCAGAGUCCUGUACCCAGCCACGGGGUACCUGGUCCUGGCCUGGCGAACGCUGGCACGGUCCCUCGGCAUGGCUAUGGACGAAACAGCUGUCGUGUUCGAAGAGGUCACAAUUCAUCAGGCGACCAUCCUUCCCAAAAAGGGAUCAGUACAGCUGGAAGUGAGACUCAUGCCGGCUUCCCACUGCUUUGAGGUGUCGGGGAACGGGAAUCUGGCUGUGAGUGGGAAGAUUUCCUGCCUGGAAAACACUGCUCUGAAGAACUUCCAUAACCAGCCAGUUAAAUUCCAGACUCGAGCAGACAUGAGCUCCAAGUCUGGCCUCUUGAAAGAAGACAUUUACCAAGAGCUGCAUCUGCGUGGAUAUAAUUAUGGACCAACUUUCCAGGGUGUUCUGGAGUGCAACAGUGAAGCAAGCGCUGGGAAAGUCCUGUGGAAUGGGAACUGGGUGACCUUCCUUGACACCCUACUCCAUAUGAUCAUCUUGGCUGAGACGGGGCGCAGCCUGCGCUUACCCACCAGGAUCCGCUCGGUGUGUAUUGACCCGGAGCUGCACCGAGAGCUGGCCUGCCAGUACCAGGACGGUGUGGAAGCUUUCGAUGUUGUUGUGGACCGCUGUGUUGAUAGCCUUAAAGCAGGAGGUGUUCAGAUCGAUGGUCUUCAUGCUUCUGUGGCACCACGACGACAGCAGGAACGGAUCCCUCCCACCCUGGAAAAGUUCUGCUUUGUGCCCUAUACUGAGAGUAACUGUUUGUCCUCCAGUGUCCAUCUUCAUGCCACUCUGGAGCACUGCAAAGAUCUGAUCCGGAAGGUGCAGGCCAAGGUGGCCCUGCAUGGGGUCAAGUUAGUCAUCCCUGGGCUAGAAAGGGUGGCGGGUGCUGCGGAGCCCUCACCCGCGCAGAAGGGCCUUCAGCACAUCCUCGCCGAGAUCUGCCACCUGGAACUGAAUGGGAACCUCCAUUCCGAGCUGGAGCAGAUCGUGACGCGGGAGAAGAUGCACUUCCAGGAUGACCCUCUUCUCAACGGGUUGCUGGAUGCGGCAGAGUUGCAGACUUGCCUGGGGGUGGUGCUGGAGAACAUGACCAGUCACCGCAUGAAGGUCGUGGAGGCUCUCGCAGGAAGCGGACGUCUCUUCUCCCGUGUCAGAAGCAUCCUGAACACUCAGCCCCUGCUGCAGGUGGACUACAUUGCCACCGACCGCGUCCUGGAGACGCUGUCGGCUAAUGAAAUGGAGCUGCAAGAUGCUGGAGUUGCCAUUAGCCAGUGGGAUCCAUCUGGCCCUCCCUCUGGAAAUCUGACCAACGCCGACCUGGUGGUAUACAACUGCUCAGCCAGUGCUGUAGGGAACGCCGCGGAAACUCUCUCCAACUUGGCAGCUGCUGUGAAAGAGGGAGGAUUUGUCCUGCUUCACACGCUCCUCAGAGGAGAAACUCUGGCAGAAACUGUCGGUUUCCUUGUAAGUCCGGAUCUCCAGCAGAAACACAGCUGCUUCCUGAGCCAGGCACAGUGGGAGGGCUUAUUCAGCAAAGCUGCGCUGAGCCUGGUUGCCGUGAAGAAAUCGUUCUUUGGCUCAGCUCUUUUCCUGUGUCGCCGACCAGCCCCUGCUAAAACACCCGUCUUCCUGCCAGUAGAUGAGCCCAAUUAUAAGUGGGUCGAAUCCUUGAAGGAGGUCCUGGCUGACCCGUCGGAGCAGCCUGUCUGGUUGACUGCCACCAGUUGUGGGAACUCGGGAAUUUUGGGAAUGGUGAACUGCCUCCGCCUUGAAGCAGAAGGCCACAGGAUCAGGUGUGUGUUUGUUUCCAACUUGAACCCUUCAUCAGCGGUCCCACCCACGGGUCCCUCUUCCCUGGAGAUGCAGAAGAUUGUUGAGAGGGACCUGGUGAUGAACGUGUAUCGUGAUGGAGAGUGGGGCUCCUUCAGGCAUCUCCCCAUGCAGCAAGCACAACCUCAGGAGUUGACAGAAUACGCCUACGUGAAUGUGUUGACUCGUGGAGAUCUCUCAUCUCUUCAUUGGAUUGUCUCCCCCCUUCAACACUUCCGUGCAACUAAUCCCAACGUUCAACUCUGCAAAGUCUAUUACGCAUCUCUCAACUUCCGGGACAUCAUGCUGGCCACAGGAAAGCUUUCUCCAGAUGCUAUCCCUGGUAACUGGGCUUUGCAGCAGUGCAUGCUGGGCAUGGAGUUCUCGGGCCGGGACCCGGCCGGAAGAAGGGUGAUGGGAUUGCUGCCGGCAAAGGGGCUGGCUACUGUGGUAGACUGUGACAAGAGGUUCCUGUGGGAGGUGCCCAAAAACUGGACCCUGGAGGAAGCAGCGUCGGUGCCUGUGGUUUACGCCACUGCUUAUUACGCUUUGGUGGUUCGCGGUGGUGUGAAGAAGGGUGAGAGUGUCCUUAUUCACUCCGGCUCCGGCGGCGUGGGCCAAGCAGCCAUCGCCAUUGCCCUGAGCAUGGGCUGCCGGGUCUUUGCUACUGUCGGCUCCACCGAGAAACGCGAGUAUCUCCAAGCAAGAUUCCCAGAGCUGGAUGCGAAUAGCUUUGCCAGCUCCCGAAGUACUGCCUUUGAGCAGCAUGUACUGCGAGCUACUGACGGGAAGGGUGUUGACCUCGUGUUGAAUUCCUUGGCGGAAGAGAAGCUCCAAGCCAGUUUGCGUUGUCUUGCUCGACACGGGCGCUUCUUGGAAAUAGGCAAAUUUGAUCUGUCUAGCAACAGUCAGCUUGGAAUGUCCCUCUUCCUCAAGAACGUGGCCUUUCAUGGGAUCCUGCUGGAUGCAAUCUUUGAGGAGGGAAACCAAGAGUGGGAAGUAGUAUCGGAGUUGUUGAAGAAGGGCAUAAAGGAUGGUGUGGUGAAGCCCCUGAGGAGUACAGUCUUCAAGAAGGAAGAGGUAGAAGCUGCCUUCAGGUUCAUGGCACAAGGAAAGCACAUUGGCAAAGUUAUGAUCCAGGUUCAAGAAGAGGAGAAGGAACAUCCUUUAAGAAGGUCUGAACCAGUUAAACUCUCUGCCAUCUCCCGAACCUCCUGUCCACCUGCCAAGUCUUACAUCAUCACGGGGGGCCUGGGCGGAUUUGGGCUUGAGUUGGCACAGUGGCUGGUGGAGAGGGGAGCACAGAAGCUUAUCCUGACGUCUCGUUCUGGCAUACGAACAGGCUACCAGGCUAAACGUGUUAGAGAGUGGAAGGCACUGGGAAUCGACGUGUUGGUAUCUACCCGUGAUGUUGGAACACUGGAAGGAACAGAGCUGCUGAUAGAAGAAGCUUUGCGGCUUGGCCCCGUUGGAGGCAUCUUUAAUUUGGCUGUGGUCCUUAGAGAUGGCAUGAUUGAAAAUCAGACCCCAGAAUUAUUCUGGGAGGUCAACAAGCCCAAGUACUGCGGCACUCUGCAUUUGGAUUGGGUGACGCGUAAAAAGUGUCCAGACUUGGACUAUUUUGUGGUGUUCUCCUCUGUGAGCUGUGGAAGAGGAAAUGCUGGGCAGAGUAAUUACGGCUUCGCCAAUUCUACCAUGGAGCGUAUCUGCGAGCAGCGACAUCACGAUGGACUCCCAGGCCUGGCAAUCCAGUGGGGAGCCAUUGGUGAUGUGGGUAUUCUACUGAAGACAAUGGGAAACAAAGAGGUGGUGGUGGGGGGAACCAUUCCCCAGCAAAUCAGCUCGUGCCUGGAGGUGCUCGAUAUCUUCCUGAACCAACCUCACCCUGUCAUGUCCAGUUUUGUCCUGGCAGAGAAAGUCUCUGUGAAAGCUGACGGAGGCAGCCAGCGGGAUCUUGUAGAAGCUGUCGCUCACAUCCUGGGCGUCCGUGACGUGAGCAGUCUGAAUGCUGAGAGUUCCCUGGCAGACCUGGGCUUGGAUUCCCUGAUGGGUGUGGAGGUGCGCCAGACCCUGGAGAGAGACUACGACAUCGUUAUGACCAUGAGAGAAAUCCGACUCCUGACGAUCAACAAACUGCGGGAACUCUCCGCCAAGUCGGGGACAGCAGAGGAGCUGAAGCCAUCCCAACAGAUGAAGACAGGGCUGGGCGAGCCUCCAAAACUAGAUUUGAACAACUUGCUGGUUAACCCAGAGGGGCCAACGAUCACCCGUCUCAAUGAUGUUCAGAGCACGGAGCGCCCGCUUUUCCUUGUCCACCCCAUUGAAGGAUCCAUUGCCGUUUUCUACACUCUUGCCUCCAGGCUUCACAUGCCCUGCUACGGUCUCCAGUGCACAAAAGCUGCUCCCUUGGACAGCAUCCAGAGCCUGGCAGCCUAUUACAUCGACUGCAUGAAGCAGGUCCAGCCCGAAGGACCGUACCGCAUCGCUGGCUACUCCUUCGGUGCCUGUGUAGCCUUCGAGAUGUGCUCCCAGCUGCAGGCACAGCAGAACGCUGCCCACGCGCUCAACAGCCUGUUCCUCUUCGAUGGCUCCCAUUCCUUCGUGGCAGCAUACACCCAGAGCUACCGAGCCAAGCUGACGCAGGGCAACGAGGCCGCGUUGGAGACGGAAGCGCUGUGUGCCUUUGUGCAGCAGUUCACAGGCAUCGAGUACAAUAAGCUGCUGGAGAUCCUUCUGCCCCUGAAGGAUCUGGAGGCUCGUGUGAGCGCUGCUGCAGACCUGAUCACUCAGACUCAUACCACCAUAAACCGUGACGCGCUCAGCUUUGCUGCUGCUUCCUUCUACCAUAAGCUGAAGGCUGCUGACAAGUACAUACCCGAGUCGAAGUAUCAUGGGAAUGUGACGCUGAUGCGGGCCAAGUCUCACAAUGAAUAUGAAGAAGGUCUGGGUGGAGACUACAGGCUCUCGGAGGUGUGCGAUGGGAAGGUGUCUGUCCAUGUUAUUGAAGGGGAUCACCGCACCUUACUGGAGGGAGAUGGCGUUGAAUCGAUCAUUGGCAUCAUCCACAGCUCGCUGGCAGAGCCGCGUGUCAGUGUCAGAGAGGGUUAACUUCCGCUUCUUCCUGUCCGCGGUGAAGAAAAUGCCAACGACGUUCCUUGUUAUGACAGACCCUGAGGAACUCUUCCUGUCCACCAUCUCAUCUGCUCUGCUG